GCUCACUCCCGGGAGGAGCUCCUGAGGAGGAGCCAGCUCCAGCAGAGGGAGUCUCAGUUUUGCCAAGUGUAGGAACCUCAGAGCCCUCUGCAGUCUGGCUCAGGCCUCAGGGAGACUCUGCAGGGACCCCAGGAGGUAGGAGACUAGGAGACGGGACCUCUCCAGGGAGAGGGCAGGCCGGCCCUUGGGGGAGCUGAUGUGGCCCCAAGGCUGAGUCCUGUCGGGGUCUGGCCUUGGCCUCAGCCCCCCAAGGAGCCGGCCCUACACUCUAUGGGGUUGCCGCUGCCCAAGGAGAAGGGGCUCAUUCUCUGCCUGUGGAGAAAAUUCUGUAGAUGGUUCCAGAGACAGGAGUCGUGGGCUCAGAGCCGAGAUGAGCAGAACCUGCAGCAGCAGAAGAGGAUCUGGGAGUCUCCUCUCCUUCUAGCGGCCAAGGAAAACAAUGUGCAGGCUCUCCACAAGCUACUCAAGUACGAGGCAUGUGACAUGCACCAGAGAGGAGCCAUGGGGGAGACGGCACUGCACAUAGCAGCCCUCUAUGACAACCUGGAGGCAGCCAUCGUGCUGAUGGAGGCCGCCCCUGAGCUGGUCUUCGAGCCCAUGACAUCCAAGCUGUAUGAGGGUCAGACUGCACUGCACAUAGCCAUCGUGAAUCAGAACGUGAACUUGGUGCGAACCCUGCUUGCCCAUGGGGCCAGCGUCUCUGCAAGAGCGACAGGCACAGCUUUCCGCCGCAGCCCCCGCAACCUCAUCUACUUUGGGGAGCACCCUUUGUCUUUUGCUGCCUGCGUGGGCAGUGAGGAGAUCGUGCGGCUGCUCAUUGAGCAUGGAGCGGACAUCCGGGCCCAGGACUCCCUGGGAAACACCGUGUUGCACAUCCUCAUCCUCCAGCCCAACAAGACCUUUGCCUGCCAAAUGUACAACCUGCUGCUGUCCUACGAUGGGCGCAGGGACCACCUGCAGUCCCUGGACCUCGUGCCCAAUCACCAGGGCCUCACCCCCUUCAAGCUGGCCGGCGUGGAGGGCAACACUGUGAUGUUCCAGCACCUGAUGCAGAAGCGGAAGCACAUCCAGUGGACGUACGGGCCGCUGACCUCCACUCUCUAUGACCUCACAGAGAUCGACUCCUCCGGGGACGAGCAGUCCCUGCUAGAACUUAUCGUCACCACCAAGAAGCGGGAGGCUCGCCAGAUCCUGGACCAGACACCCGUGAAGGAGCUGGUGAGCCUCAAGUGGAAGAGAUACGGGCGGCCGUACUUCUGCGUGCUGGGCGCCAUCUACCUGAUCUACAUCAUCUGCUUCACCAUGUGCUGCGUCUACCGCCCCCUCAAGCCCAGGACCAAUAACCACACGGGUCCCCGAGACAACACCCUCCUACAGCAGAAGCUGCUUCAGGAGGCCUACGUGACCCCGGAGGAUGACAUCCGCCUGGUGGGGGAGCUGGUGACCGUCAUUGGAGCUGUGAUCAUUCUGCUCGCAGAGAUUCCAGACAUCUUCAGGGUGGGGGUCACUCGCUUCUUUGGACAGACGAUCCUUGGGGGGCCGUUUCACGUCCUCAUCAUUGCCUAUGCCUGCAUGGUGCUGGUAACCAUGGUCAUGCGGCUCAUGAACGCCAGCGGGGAGGUGGUGCCCAUGUCCUUCGCGCUGGUGCUGGGCUGGUGCAAUGUCAUGUACUUCGCCCGAGGAUUCCAGAUGUUGGGCCCGUUCACCAUCAUGAUCCAGAAGAUGAUUUUUGGUGACCUGAUGCGGUUCUGCUGGCUGAUGGCUGUGGUCAUCCUGGGCUUUGCCUCAGCCUUCUAUAUCAUCUUCCAGACAGAGGACCCCGACGAGCUGGGCCACUUCUACGACUACCCCAUGGCACUGUUCAGCACCUUCGAGCUGUUCCUCACGGUCAUCGACGGGCCUGCCAACUAUGACGUGGAUCUGCCCUUCAUGUACAGCAUCACCUACGCUGCCUUCGCCAUCAUCGCCACAUUGCUCAUGCUCAACCUUCUCAUCGCCAUGAUGGGUGACACUCACUGGCGGGUGGCCCAUGAGCGGGAUGAGCUCUGGAGGGCGCAGGUGGUAGCCACCACGGUGAUGCUGGAGCGGAAGCUGCCUCGCUGCCUGUGGCCUCGCUCGGGCAUCUGUGGGCGCGAGUACGGGCUGGGGGACCGCUGGUUCCUGCGGGUGGAGGACCGACAGGAUCUCAACCGGCAGCGAGUGCGGCGCUACGCGCAGGCCUUCCACACCCAGGGCUCCGAUGACUUGGACAAAGGCUCAGAAAAACUGCAGCUGGGCCACCCCUUUGGCCCCCACCUGUCCCUCUCUACCCCCUCCGUGUCUCGGAGUACCUCCCGCAGCAGCACCAACUGGGAGAGGCUCCGGCAAGGCACCCUGAGGAGGGAACUGAGGGGCCUGACCAACAGGGCUCUGGAAGACGGGGACGGCUGGGAGUAUCAGAUCUGAGCGCGCUCCAUCUCGUGGCUGCUGUCCUUUUCCUGGGGCGUCCGAAGACAACACUGAGACACCCAGAGGUCUGCUCUCCCAGGUCCAGGGGGGGGGGAAGCAGAAUGCAGUCUGAGGAAUGCCGGCUGGGAACAACCGCCCCAGGUCCCACUACUCGUUCAGCUCUGGGGCGAAUGGAAACCAAGGAGGGAGGUGGCCCUCGCCUCACCCCGCGCACAGGGCUGGUGCCAGGGGGCACCAAGCUGAGUGGCUCUUCGGCCUUACGGAAGUACUCUGCACUGUCAGAGCAAAGCACUUUAAGGACAGGCUUGCCGUCUCUACCCCAGUGUUAACGGUGGGAAGGGGAGAGCCCUUCCCAGGGUGCUCCAGACAGCUGGGAGGGAGGCUUGUGGAAAGCAUGAGCGGGGGGGACAGGUACCACUUUGGGGGUGGAAUGAAGCUGGUUGAGUCUUGCCACCUUCUACCUUCCAAUAAAGUCAUUCCCUGCUCUGUG